ACCGCAGCUUCAUGGUCUGAUUUAUUUCAUCUUUAGUAACAGCCUACAGACGAGCGCCUAAAACACAAGUGUUUACAUCUUUAGUCUGUUGCAAGUUUAUGUUUGACAUCAGCUGUGAGAGACAGCUAACAGCUGCCCUAAACACCCCUGGCUUAAAAGUUAGUGUGGCCACGAGGGGGCGCCGCCUCAAUAGGUUUCAAACAAGAACCACAGGCUUUUCCGUUCAAUAAGACCAAACAGAUCAGCGGGUUUUACGCCAUUUAGCAUUUUUACAGCAUAUAUAAGUUAAUGGUUAAAUUAAAAUUCAGACAGAAUUAAGUAGCAAAUCUAAACUUUCAUAUAAUUUAAAUGUAAAUAGCAUUUUUGAAAGUGUGAAGGAACCAACAAGAUGUACAUUUCAAAAGCAAAAUGAAUCUCAGAAAUUCUACAAUAAAGUAAAAUAUCUAAAAUUAAUCUAAAACUACCAAAUAAAUAUUGAAAAGUGGCACCAAAAAAUCACCAGACAUAGCAUGACCUCAAGUGAAUAGCAUCAAUCAUCACAGAGACAACAAAAUCACUACCUGUCAGACAUUGUGCCUUGCAAAUGUAUUCAAACCUCUUGAUAUUUUCACAUUUCAUAACAUUAGAGCCACAGAUGUUGGUGUAUUUUAUUGCGGUUUAUGUGACAGCUCAACCAAGACUUUUGCAUAAAGUCUUACACUUCCUUCCUUCCUACAUUUAAGAAGCAUGAAGACUUCUAUACUGUAGGUAGAGUAACAACAUUUAAAGUCCCACAAAAUCUGGAAAGAAAGAGAAUUUACAAUUAAAAAAUGGGUAAAUAUAAAAAAAAUAUCAGCCAACAGAAGAAAAACAACUCUGUAGGAGUCAAAUAUGACCACAAAACAAUGGCCUAAACAAAGUAAAAUAAAAAACACAACGGAUGAUCAGACAAAAACUACCACAAAAACAUACCUUCCCAAAUUAGAAAGGAAAAUAAAGGUAUGAUUCUUGUUUAGACACAAUGGACUGAUGUUUAUCCUAUAAUUGUUAACAAAUUCACACAAACAGGGUCAGAAAUUGUAGUCAGGUUUUGUUUCUCCAACUUAUAGUUGCUGAAGGGAAGUCCAUCUCAUAUUUAUAACGAGUUAAGAGAAGAACUUAAUGUCGGUCUUUAGGCAUCUAUAUGCUGUUGGACAACGUGAACGCGCACGUACGGAUGAAGUGGGGUGCCGUGCGCGCGCCCAAAAGCACAGAUUCACAAAAGCAGCAGAUCAGCAGAGAGGUGAACACACACACAGCCUCUUCUCAGUCUGCUACACCAAAGCGGAGAAGAAACCGGAGCAGUUUGGUUCUGCUGGGUUUUCCCGUCUCCUUCUGGACCAGAACUCGCCACGGAGAUGAGACUUUUAAAAGUCACUUAAACCCAUCAUUUGGAUCCUGCUCACUUCAAACGCCGCUGAUGUCCCACCGCGCUUCGGAUGCAGCAAAGAUGGCAUAACUUUACAUGCAUUGGGUCCAGUUUCGCGUGGGGACAUUCAUCCCAGCUCGGACCCCGUGUCCAGGCAGCUGAGGCCGAACAAGAAGCGAGGCGGCGGGAGGAGGAGGGGGAACCGUGAACCCGGAGCGGCCGGGCGGGAUGGUGCGCCUCUGGAACUGCCUGCUGCUGGGAUAUCUGACCUGGAACCUGCGCAUAUCGGACGCUCAGGGGGAGUACUGCCACGGCUGGCUGGACUCUAACGGGAACUACCAUGAGGGCUUUCAGUGUCCGGAAGACUUUGACACUACGGACGCGACCGUGUGCUGCGGCUCCUGCGCGCUGCGCUACUGCUGCGCGGCCGCGGACGCACGCCUGGACCAGGGGGUCUGCACCAACGACAGGGAGGUGGACAACACGGAGUUUGCUCCGCAGCCCAUCUAUGUUCCUUUCCUCAUGGUGGGAAGCAUCUUCAUAGCCUUCGUCAUCGUUGGCUCCCUGGUGGCGGUCUACUGUUGCACCUGCCUGCGGCCCAAACAGCCCACCCAGCAGCCCAUCCGCUUCUCUCUGCGCAGCUGCCAGGGGGAGACCAUCCCCAUGAUCCUGACCACGGCCCCGCCCAGCCUGCGCGCCCCGUCUCGGCAGUCCAGCACGGCCACUACCAGCUCCAGCUCAGCGGGUGGGGGCAGCUCCACGCGGAGGUUUUCUCUGGGGGGUCCGGCCCAGCAGCAGCACGGCUGCCUUGUGACUGCCACCGUCUCCUCCUCAGCCUCCACUCCCACUCAGACCCCACAGACUCUACUACCUCCUCCACCACCUCCGCCCUACACAUCACCGCCCAUAACAGGAGCUCUCCAGCACCCACAGCUGCAGCUCCACCAACCCUCUCACCCCGCUCAGAGCACCAGCUUCCUGCUUCCCCAGCAGUACUUCUUCCCCCUGCAGCCUGACGCCUUCACAGCAACCAAGGGCUUUGCUGACUUUGGACAGAGCUGACAGGCGUCACCAGAGGCUUACAGGAACUCCAUGAGUCACUGAGAACAAACAUGGCUGCCCAGGUUGUGAUGUUAAGGACUGAAGGGGUGGACACAACAACAGGCCUGUUUGGGGGCCAUUUCUACAUUUUAUGCACUUUUAUAAAGCCAGCAGAUCCCUGUGGUCUAACUAAACUCUUGUCCAACUUCCUCCAAAAACAUCUAAAUGUCUCGAAAUGUUGUUUUUUUUAAUAGAAGUAUAUUAUACAGAGAAUGUAGGAAGUUUUAAAUGUAAAAAAUGACACUUGAGAGUGAAGAGACACUUUCUUUGUGUGGAAAUGUGGGCUUUUGUGAAAUAAUUUCUUAAUGUACACUAAUUAAAAGCUGUUUAUUGUCA